CUGUCUGUUACUUGUGAGACACGCAUGCUACACGAUUUGGCUCUCCAUCUUGGAAUGGAAGAAAUGGUAUGGAGUGAUAUGGUAGAAAAUUACCCAACAAAUACACAGAUGGUAAAGUUUUUGACACUGAUGCAUUUGAAAGAGAAUGAAAUAACAUUCACAGAAUUGGACAAUGGAUUGAGAGAAAUGGAAAUAACAGCACAUACAUUAUGUGUGGUACGUCAGAGAAAACAAGUGAAAUCUAGUAUUCUUGAUGAUAUUCUAGACUGUAUUCCAUCAGAUGAAAUUGUAGACAGAUUAGCACCGCUGAUUGGCAAGAUAGUUUUUCAACUAGGAAUAGAACUUGGACUCUCUGUAGAAGAUUUAGAGAGUAUUAAAGAGAAAUGGGAUCGUGAUUUGACAGCACAGAAUAAGGAAGUGUUAUUUACAUGGAGGAAAGAUAGAACAGUGAAACCUACAAUACGGGUACUUGAGCAAGCUUUUGUAAAUAUUGGUAAAGGAGCCAGGUGUUUAAAGGAGGUUUUAAAGGACGUUGAUCCCAAUACACUUAAAGCAGUAGAAAUUGUUACAGAUAGAAUCAGAGAAAACGAAAACAGAAUCAUACAGGACAUACCAACCAGCCAAAUUUUAGACCAUAUGAUGACAAACUUGGUGAUAUCAGUAGAUGACAGACGCCGUAUUGAACAACAUGCUGGACAAGAUGAUCAGAACAAAGCAUUGUUGGAUAUUGUGAUUAAAAGGAAAGAACCUGCUUACAGUGUGUUUAUUGAUGGAUUACGUAAUUAUGGAUACGAAGAUAUUGCUAAUGACUUAAAAUGUGAUUUCAGUCCAAGUCCAACAUCAGCAUCUGCUGAAACUAAAGGCUUAUCAGUUUGGAAUUUUCCAUUAUAUAAAGUUCGUCUACAAAAGAACUACCUAAAGGUCAUCACUGAUAUACUUCACGAGAACAUAGUAGAUCAUCUAAUAACAAGAGAGGUAUUGUCAGUUGAUGAUCGGAAGACGAUAGAUUCUGGUAAAAACCCACAGGAAAAGAACAGGAAUUUAAUGGACAUGCUGUUGCGUAAAAAUGAACAGGGAUUUAAUGAAUUUCUCAAAGCCAUAAAGAAAGACUCUAUUUAUGCAGAUCUAGCAGAUCAAAUAGAAAAGACAGAAGUUACUAGCACAGAUAUGGCAACCCUUCAUAAAUGCUUGAAAUAAAAUAAAUGUAAAUUUUUCUCAGAAAAAAACUGUACGUGACAGGGUAAAACCAGCUAAGACAAACACCAAUAAACAAUGAAUACAAGGAGCUAUUGUCAAUCCAAUGUUCAAUGAUUUGGUCACUUAAACCAUCAAUGUAAAUGAAUAACAAUAUAUUAUUGAUAACAAUCUUUUAUAUUAAACAUAUGUCAUGUGUGAGUGUCAUGAAUGGAAAGGAAAAAGCUAAAAUAUGUACUAAUCCCUAUUACUAGUGUCUAUUCAUAAACACAAAUCCCCUUUAUGAGUGUUAGUUACUAAACAGAUAUUAUAAUUAUGAAACAGUCAUGACAUAUUCUGUUCAAGAAAAUAAUUUUAAUGUACUUUAGUAUAUUUAUUGAAAACCAGUAAUUGGAAAGGUCAUAUGCAUUACUUUUUUUUCAAAGGUCAAAACAUCUGGCUGUGAGGCAUAUUUUCAACAUUUAUAUUCCUCAAGCUUCAAAAAAUGUAAACCUAUACUAAAAUUAUGUUCUUCCUCUCACUUAACAUUUGGUCCUUCUUAGAAUUUAAUUUGGCUGCUAUCCAUGCGAAUUUAUACUGGUAAAGUUCCCAAAAUGAGUCUUUUCGAGAUGAAACAUAGAUAUCAUAUCUGGGAACCAAAGAGGCGUGGUUUGUGAAACAGCUGUAUUUACAAAGUGCAACCUAAAGGAAAUGUUAUAACUUGAUACAAUAUAAUAUAUGUAUUAUUUUGAAUAACCUACAUAGCUGUAAUUAGCUUAUUAUCAAUUUCAUUUCAGUCAUAAUUGUGUAUGUCAAUCUCUCAAAGCUGUUAAAUGUUACCUUAAUAGUCAAUUUAGGUCUACAUUUUAGGUCUAAUGAAUAAUAAAGUAUGUACAUAUGAAAUAACUAAUUCAGUGAUCUAAUCUUGUCCUAAGGAUGUUUCUGAAUUUUUUGACAUUAACUUGUUGUAUAUUGUGUUUAUCAAACAGCUACUUUUGUUUGUACAUUUGUAAAUAAAAUGCCUCUUCAUAAAUAUAGUUUUGAACAAAAAUGCAACAAUAUGCUCUUA